AUGGGGUGGUGGUGGAAUUCAUCCGAGCAAUCAUCCCAAUCACCCAAACCUCACAAUGCAGACGCGUCGACACCGCUCCAGCCGAAAAGCAAAAACCCAACACUUCCUUCGCAACAGCAAACGCCGGUGGCUCGCGAUGAAUUAGCAGAAGCGGAGCUUCAGAACUUCCUUGCGAGCAUAAAAGACACAAACGAGGCUGUUCAGCAGGCUCCAACGCAAAAGGCUCCUUUAGAAUCCACAUCCACACCUUCUUCGAUUGACCCCGACUCCCUCUACCAGACCACCAUGUCUUGCCGCAUGGCUUUUGACUACGCUUUCUUCUGCCAAUCCUUCGGUGGUCAGUGGGUGAAUUACUACAGAUAUGGUGAAUUAAAGGAUUGCUCCCAACAUUGGUCCGAUUUUUGGUUUUGCAUGCGAACAAAAUCAUAUUCAGAAGCAGAUAAGGCUAAGAUGAUUGCGGAUCAUAAUCGAAAAAAGGCUACGAAAUGGAAGACUGGUCCAAAUAGUGAAGAUGUGUGGGAUAUAAGAACAGAACCUGUGCGGGGAGCUUUUGAAGGAGACUUUGAAGCUGCGGAGCGGGAAAUGAAGCUUGCAGAGCAGCGAGAGCGCGAGGAAUAG